CAGUCACCACUAGAAUCGUUAUCAGAGUUAACAGAUUAUUUUGUUACAAAAGAUGAACAUAUUAGAUUCAUAUUUUAAUUUUGACCAAUCGGCAGUCGCCGUUUGUUUUGCUGCAUUCUUUCAAACGCAAUGGCAGACGAUCUUAGAAGCAGGAUGAUGGGGCAAACAGAAGAACAGAAUCAGAGUGUGAUGAAGACCAUGAUCUUAUUUAGUGUGGCCAUGCUUUCCCUACCAGUAUUCUCGUACUUUUUCACAAAAAGUUUUUUCUUUGAAGCAUACUUAGGGAUGACGAGUCAAAACAGCUAUUUCUACGCAGCCUUUGUCGCCAUUACAGUAGUGCACAUAAUAUUGGGACUGUUUGUGUAUAAGGCCUUCACAGAAGGAACUCCAACAACGUCUUCAUUCAAAAAAGACUAGGAAGCAGUCAUGAAUAAGAACGACCAAGAGAGUGUCAAGUUCAUGGAUGCAUGUUGUUAAGAGAGUGUAUGUGAGGAAGAGAAUGGAUGAUUAUUUAUAUCAACAUUUUACAAAGAGUUUUGACAUUACUUGUGUAAUUGAUCACAGCAAUGACAUGGUGCAUACAAUGUUGAUUAUAGGAUUGUUGACCAUGUAUUUUUCAACAAACAUAUCUACUUGUAUUUUCUGUGCUAAAACAUAAUGUUAAAGUUAGAUCUAUAUUCCUUCGUGAGAUAUUUUACUGUCAGUUUCCCAGAUCCAUGUUCUUUAGUCGUUAAAUGCAUUAUUCUAUGUGCUUUGAAUUAUUAGUUCUAUUUUCUGGUGAAAAAUUAUCUUUACUUACAGAUAAAAGGACAAAUAAAUGUUUCCAAUUUUACAUUGCACAUUGCUUAAUUAAUUUGUUUUAAGAGAAAAAAAAUGUUUUUUUUUUUUUUAAUGAACAAGUAUGAAUGAUAUUGUAUUUCACUCAUUAAUUUUCAGAGGAGAAGGGAGGCAUGAAUGUCAGUUUGACAUAUAUGCAUCAUCAGUGAAAUCGCCUGAAGAGCCCCAAGAUGGGCGAAAGUGCUAGCAAAUUGUAGUCUUCGUGUUUUGUUUUAUAUGUAUAUAAAACAACAUUUUACAAACUUUCUCGUUUCUUAAAAACACUGAUGAAACUCUAAAGGGGAGAAAGCGCUAGGGAAGAUGAAGAAACUUGUUGUCUUUUGUUUUUCUUAUAUAUAUAUAUAUAUGUAUAUCUAGCCUUCUAUUAAGAUGCUUGCCUGUUUACUACUAAUUUAACUUGUUCACCCCUGAAGACACAUUUGAACUCUUUCAAUACAACUGUUUGAAUAGUUCAUGAUGAAAUUUCAGGGGUGAAUGAGUUAAUUUCUGUUGUAAUUUCUGAUUUUCACAAAAUAACUUGUGUAUGGAGAUUCAGUACUGUACCUCUUAAUCAUUAAGCAGAGACCAUUGCACACUGGUCAUGAUAUAUUUAGUCCUGUAUCAUCAUCAGAUGGUGGCUGAUCAAAUCGCCCUUCAUUCAGGGUCGGUCAUCCGUCAAGUUUGUUGUUGCUAUUUUACAAGAAGUUCAAGUCUUUCUCAUAUUUGUUAUGUAGGUUCCCCAUAAUCCAUAGUUGUGCAGGUUUCAUUUUGUUACUGAUGGAGUCAGUUAGCUAUCUUGGGUUUCAACAGUUUAUGUUUGUUAUCACUAUUUCUCUAGAAAAAAAUAAUGACCUCAUAAUGGAGGAAAUCUCCAAAACCCAGCUGUAUACAUUUUUCAUCCGAAGUUUCUACAUGCUUCAUUUACUAUUGACAAGACUUUCAGUCAAACAAAAUAGAGAAAUGAAGGGAAAAGAUCAAACUUAUAUACAUGUAGAACUAAUGAAGAUCUAGUGUUGGUGGUCCUCAAGAUCACAAUGGGAUCUCUUGUUUAUUCAAACACUUUUUUGCAAGAUAAUGGGGGAAAUGUUAUAUGUACUAGGUUGUUACUGUUCUUGAAACAUUGGGGUGAAUAGAUUAAUUGUCAGGAUACCUCACUUACAUUGGGGUGAAUAGAUUAAUUGUCAGGAUACCUCACUUACAUUGGGGUGAAUAGAUUAAUUGUCAGGAUACCUCACUUACAUUGGGGUGAAUAGAUUAAUUGUCAGGAUACCUCACUUACAUUGGGGUGAAUAGAUUAAUUGUCAGGAUACCUCACUUACAUUGGGGUGAAUAGAUUAAUUGUCAGGAUACCUCACUUACAUUGGGGUGAAUAGAUUAAUUGUCAGGAUACCUCACUUACAUUGGGGUGAAUAGAUAAAUUGUCAGGAUACCUCAUCCCCCUUACACAAGCUUUUGGCAGCUUCUUGCUGCUUUGUUCGGGCGGUUACUCCCUGUGGUAAAAGUAUUUGUUCUUUACACUGAAUCCCCCCCACAUAUAUAGGAACAUUCUGUAACAUAACGCUGGCCGUCUUGUGUCAUGUGAUCUACUGACAAGUAGUCGCAUGAAGAAAGCAAUAAACGGCUGUGGAUUAAAGCUUAUAUAAGCAAAAUGGGUAAAAUGUAUUUGUUCAUCAUUACUUCAAGGAAUCAUUUUAAAUUGUUAUAAUGUUAAAAACAGCCUAUUUUCUCCCACAACAACCUUUGGACUCGUAUGACAAACCUGCUAGUGGUUGUAUACAUUUCUGGUGACAUUCAGGACAUUAUUUUAUUGGUCAAUCUUCUAAUUAUGACCACAAGGACCUGAUAAUUUGAUAUAGCUAUAUUUGGACCUAAACUAAGGUGUUCAGAGUAAUUUUACAUGUUUUGGGGGUUUAGAUCGACUUUCGGUAAAAUUGACACCCCCAAUGAUUAUAUGUACGCCAAAAGUCCAUCUAAACCCCUAAACCGUGUAAAAUUACUGUGAACUUAUAGAUAAGGUCCAAAUAUAGCUGUAACAAAUUAUCAGGUCCCUGUGAUGACCUCAAGUAACAAUGCUUUGGGAUGUCAUUUUCCAUUGUGACGUCGUAGUUCAUGGCAAAACUUUUCCCAAAUAGGAACAGGAAUAAUGUAUUCCCAGGAGAAACAUGUCUUUUUUAGCUAAAAUAUUUGAACGUUGUGGGAGAAAAAGGUCCUCAAACUCAUGAUGUUUGAUUAUUUUGUUUAUCUAACUCUUGUUAGUUAAUUUUUAAACUGUGAAAAACACUCUGUAAACCUUGUAUCUUUAUAAAAUUUCCAAAAUAAAACUCAAGUUAGAUAACCCAAAACGGGACACUUAUGGGAAAACGGCACAACAAACUGUAAUUCAAUGCAAAGAAGUACUUUUUUGUAUAUAGUUUUCAUUUGAUAAUACUUUUAUGAUAAUUUAACUGUAUGUAAGCUUUAUUGGCUGCUGAUUAUCAUUACAAGGAAAAUUUAAAGGUAAGAAUAAUGACCAAAACAAAACUUUCCCGAUUUCCGUGCCGUGUGACGCUAUUUAUUUGAAUAUCACUUUCAAAAGUCUAUUUUAUUAAAACUAAUGCUAGUUUGGAGAAGAAAUUUAAUCAUAACCUUAUUUGACUCUUAGAAUAUUUGAAAUACGUCUUCUUUUCUGUUGAUAUUGAUCGUUUAUACCCAAAUAUUAGGCAAAAUACUGAAGUGUCCCUUUCACGGUACAGUUACGCCAGUUCAAGGGCCUAUGUAACCCUGGUGGUAUUUCACGUUUUAUUUAUAGAACUAUGCGCCCAAAAUAUCAACUUGUAAUAGAAAUGAAAAGUGGAUAGUAUCAAUUUAUGAAAAAUGAACAAAUAUUUUUGGAACUGAUAGUAUGGUAUAAAGAACAUUAAUAUUUAUCUCAAAAGUGUCCCGAUUUGGGCACAGUGACGUUGGGCUUAUCACCAGUGAAUUACUGAUAUAGUUCAAACAAUAAUAUAUGUCCAUAUUCUGAAAAGUUUUUAACGUUACUAAAGGGUAUACAGAAUAAUUUAUCACAGUCCGUUGUGGAAAUGACAUAUUGACAAUAUUUCAUUGUGUAGAUCAUGUUAUUAAAAUUUACAAAUGGCUAAAAGUC